GGUUGACACCGAUCGUCCUUACCGGGAAGCCGCCUAUUUGCGUGUCACUUCAUGAAAAAAAUGCCACGGACUCACGGAGCAUGAGGUGGCAUCCGAUUUGUUCCCUGAGCAUACGAAAAUGCAAGUGUUUGGUUGCACCAUACACAAAUUGUGUACAAAAGCCGUGCUCCUCGUUUCGGCCUAGAAAACACCAUCAAUACUCCGCCAUGAAAUUCACUUCACUCACCACUAUUGUCAUUUCUGCCGCAUCAAUGGCUGGAAUAGCUAUCGCAUCUGAAGACUUAAGCUUUAGACCCGAGGGCCUACCCUGUCGCCCCAAGGGUGAGCACUCUUGCGGCCUACGUGCAGACCUCAGACCGCGUACUUACAGUUUAUCCACAGAUACACUACAAUGCUCGAGUGGCAUUGUAGGUUACAACGACGGCUACGAUUUCGCGUUUUACUGCGGGGACACAUCGACGAUCAUCCAAGACAUACCAUGCAACUGCAACUACUGUUGUAAAAUUAGUCCUGAUAAGCAGGGCUACACCUGUGGUGGUGUGAGCCUGUCUUCCCAUGCUGCCUCUGGAGUUCGAGUGUUCAUGUGCUUGUCUAGCAUUUCACGCUCUGGCCGGGAAAGCUGUGACCUAGUAUCAAUUUGAAUAUGGCACGAUGUGUCAUGGCACGUUUAC